AACAGUGUUGAACAUGGAUUAAAGAGCUCGAUGCGAGAAAAACCGAACUAAUUUUACGAUAUUUCCCAUAAAUCCUGAGAAAGUUUUCAACGCAAGCAGAAACCAUGUUGUCAAAUCUUGAUUCUAUUCACAUUUCUGCUGUACUUGAGGACUGUGCUGAUCAGUUGGCAAUUUUAGGUCAUAUAAUGCCUUCAUCACUAGAAGGAAGAUUAGAUUCAAAUCAGAUUGUUGAUGAUGAACUAGGAGAGAUUUUACAAGGACAAAAAGACAUUGAAAUGCGCUAUGAAUCUUUAUUGAAUCAAAGAGAAGAAAUGAAGGGACAACAGAAUCUAUCAAAAGUACUGGACAGUGAUGCUAGAGUGAAGUCAGCAGCUCAUUCACUAAGAGAUGGAAAACAAGCUCUAAACGCAAGUUUCAAGCAAAAUCCUCUGACAUCUGACAACUUGAUGAAGAUUCAAGAAGAUAGGAAAUUUCUUCAGGAUGUCAUAGAAGAAACUUUAGCAGAAGUUAUAAACAAAAAUACAUUUGAGUCACUUGUGAAUGCAGUUACCAUGGAAAAGGAAAAGAAAGCAAAACUUCAGCAAACUAUACUAAAAGAAGAAGAGAGUCGGAAAUUGGUGAAGAGUUUGCAGAAACAAUUAGUAGAAGUCAAUAAAGAGAAGGAAAAUGAAGUACAGCAAAGGAAUGAAAUGAUUGCACACCUUAAAGACCAGCUGCAGGAAAUGAAAGCCAAGACAAGUAUGGAAGGAAAAUACAUCAAGAAAGAUGCAGAGGUUCGUGUUUCAUGUACAAUGAAAAGAUGCCAACAGUCAGAAAACAGUCUAAAGGAAGAGCUUGAGACACUCAAGUACAAAAUAGAUGAAGAAGCUCGUGUUAAUGCUGAAAUUGAAGCWUAUCUUAAACAACACCACCAGCUUCUUGAAGAGAAAGUGGAAUAUUGGAUGGAGAAAUAUGACCAUGAUGUUGAACAAAAACAACAUGAGUUGGAUGUUUUGAAGGCUUCAAAGGCCAAUGAUUUAGCAAGACUACAGGAACUUACUCAGAAGUACUCUGAAUAUGAGAAGGUGGUCAUAGAAGACAGAGUUGAGAAAGAAAAAGCACGACGACAGGCUGAACAAGAAGCUGAGGAGCUUAGAAUGACUAUCAAGAUUCAGUCUUGGUGGCGAGGAGUAAUGGUCAGAAGGCAACUUGGACCUUAUAGUAAGAAGAAAAAGAAGAAGGGAAAGAAAGGAAAGAAAUCUGGGAAGAAAGGCAAAAAGAAGAAAUAAUUUUAGACGGUGCUCACUGUGCUUAAUCUGUUUGUAUCUUCCACUGUAUCAUAUUUGUGAAUAAAAUGUACUU